AUGGCAAAUGAAAGAUUGAUUGGACUUGGGAAUUUAGACAAAAAUAAUGAUCAAAUACCUUUAUUAAAUGAUCAAACGACAACAGACCUUAAAGGAAUUAUGAUUGAAAAUGGAAAAAUUGAAAGGGAAAUUAAUAAUGAAAAAUUGAUGGGUUUAGUAGAAGUUCGUAGAACAACACAACCAUCUUCAUUUAAUGCUUCAAUUAAAUUAGGUGUACUUAUUUGGUUAACUGUUCAAAAUGCUGUCCAUGCAUUACUUCUUCGAUAUUCUCGAGUUAGGGAUGUUAAAGAAAUGUAUUUUUCGACUGUUGCUGUUUUUUGGACUGAAGUUAUUAAACUUUGUGUUUGUCUUUUGGUUGUUUUUCAUUCAGAAUCUUCCUCUCCAGAGGGAUUUUUAAGCGGUUUUGAAUUAAUUAAAAAACAAGUUUUUGAACAGCCAAAGGAUACUUUAAAAGUUUGCUUGCCAUCAAUGCUUUAUAUUUUACAAAAUAAUUUAUUCUACACUGCUGCUUCUCAUUUAAAUGCUGCUACUUUUAUGAUAAUUUCUCAAUUAAAAAUCUUCUCGGCAGCAAUUUUUUCAAUAAUUUUAUUAAAUCGUUCAUUACUUCGUGCCCAAUGGAUUUCUUUAAUUAUUUUGUUUAUUGGUGUUUGUUUAGUACAAAUGCAACCCGAGGACGAACAAAAACAAAAUACUGAAAGAAAAAAUGUUAUGAGUGAACAAAAUGUUUUGACAGGAUUUAUUGCUGCAAGUAUUGCUUGUGGACUUUCUGGAUUUUCUGGAGUAUUUUUUGAAAAAAUUUUGAAAGGAUCGGCGCCUGUUUCUCUUUGGAUGAGAAACAUUCAAAUGGCUGUUUUUUCAAUUCCUUCAAGCUUUUUGGCUACAAUGAUCCAAGACGGCUCUAAAAUAUCAGAACACGGUUUUAUGUAUGGUUGGGAUAUUGUAGUUUGGACAACAGCUUUUUGGUAUGCCGUUGGUGGACUUUCUGUUGCUGUUUGUUUGAAAUAUGCAGACAAUAUUGCCAAAAAUUUUGCUACUUCUGUUGCAAUUAUUUUGGCAACUCUUGGAUCUAUUCAAUUUUUUGGUUUUAAACCAAGUUUACUUUUUACAUUGGGGGCUACUUUAGUUAUUUUAUCGAUAUUUCUUUAUUCUUCGUCAACACAAAUUCUUCGAUUUUUUGGAAUAUAUUCAACACAAUUAAAUAAUAAAAAGGGAAGAAAAAUACCUCCAGAAAAGGGUUGUCCAGCAUAA